AUGGGAUCGCAACGCGAGCCAGCCAAUAGCAGCGCGGCUCCCGUUGCCAGGGAGGGAGGGGAGGGGGCCGGCCAUGGACCCCGGCGGCUGCGGGUGCAGGAGCUGCGGGACGAGCUGGGCCGCCGCGGGCUCGACACGCGCGGGCUGAAGGCGGAGCUGGCCGAGCGGCUGCAGGCGGCGCUGGACGGAGAGGGCGGCCGGAGAGGGGAGGCGGCGCCUGACGGGCGGUACGGCCUCGACAACCACAACACGGACCCCCAGAGCCACCACCAGGACCUCCAGGGCCACCACCAGGACCCCCAGGGCCACUACCAGGACCUCCAGGGCCCCCCCCAGGGCUACGAGCAGGGGGGGCGAGACCCCGAGGCCGAGCCCGGCUACGAGAGGAGACCCCUGGAGCAGGAACCCCCCCUAGUGCUGCCCCCAGAGAUGAAGCUGCCGGAGCGAAGGCCGACGACCCCCACGCCCCCUGCCCCGUCCCCCACCUACAGCGCCCCCCUUCACCUCCCCCGCCCCCCACCUUCACCGCUCCCCCCGGCCGCUACGGCCUCCCCCAGCUACAGCUCCCCCAGCUACAGCGCCCCUCCCCACCUUCAGCGCCCCGGGCCCCCUACAGCACCCCGGGGCGGCCGGGCCCAGACCCCUCCCGGCCCCCAGCCCCGCAAGAGACCCUACGAGGCCGCGGGGAGGGGCUACUACGAGCACCGCGAGGACAAGAGGGGCCGUUCCCCACAGCCCCCGGCCGAGGAGGAGGAGGAGGAUUUCGAUGACUCCCUGGUGGCCGUGGACACCUACAACUGUGACCUGCACUUCAAGGUGGCGCGGGACCGGUACAGCGGCUACCCCCUGACCAUCGAGGGCUUCGCCUACCUCUGGUCCGGGGCCAGGGCCACCUACGGGGCACGGCAGGGACGUGUGUGCUUUGAGAUGAAGGUGAACGAGGAGAUCUCGGUGAAGCACCUGCCCUCGUCGGAGCCCGACCCGCACGUCGUGCGCGUGGGGUGGUCCCUGGACUCCUGCAGCACCCAGCUGGGAGAGGAGCCCUUCUCCUACGGCUACGGCGGCACCGGCAAGAAAUCGACCAACUGCAAGUUCGAGAGCUACGGGGAGCCCUUCGCUGAGAACGACGUCAUCGCCUGCCUGGCGGACUUCGAGUGCGGGGAGGAGGUGGAGCUGUCGUUCCUCAAGAACGGCCAGUGGCUGGGGGUGGCCUUCAGGGUGCCCAAGGAGGCCCUGGGGGGCCGGGCCCUGUUCCCCCACGUGCUGGUGAAGAACUGCGCCGUGGAGUUCAACUUCGGGCAGCGCCAGGAGCCCUUCUGUGCCCUGCCCCCUGGCUUCACCCCCAUCCAGCACCUGCCCCUGGGGCAGCGCCUGCGGGGCACGCUGGGCCCCAAGAGCAAGGCUGAGUGUGAGAUCCUGAUGAUGGUGGGCCUCCCUGCCGCGGGCAAGACGACGUGGGCCGUCAAACACGCGGCCGCCAACCCGUCCAAGAAGUACAACAUCCUGGGCACCAACGCUAUCAUGGACAAGAUGAGGGUGAUGGGGCUGCGGCGGCAGCGAAACUACGCGGGCAGGUGGGACGUGCUGAUCCAGCAGGCGACGCAGUGCCUGAACCGCCUGAUCCAGAUCGCAGCGCGCAAACGCCGCAACUACAUCCUCGACCAGACCAACGUGUACGGCUCCGCCCAGCGCCGAAAAAUGCGUCCCUUCGAGGGCUUCCAGCGCAAGGCCAUCGUCAUCUGCCCCACCGACCAGGAGCUGCGGCAGCGCACGGUGCGCAGAACCGACGAGGAGGGCAAGGACGUGCCUGACCACGCCGUGCUCGAGAUGAAAGGUGGGGAAAAAUGGGAAUUCUGGGGAAAAACACCGGGAUUUGAGGCAAAAACCCCGGGAUGUGGGGUGAAAAACCAGGAUUUGGG